AUUCGCCAAAUAUUCCAAUUUUUGAACAUAACCGCAAGGUACAGGUGAUGUGAUACGCCGUUGUUAAGAGACCAAAAUAUAUUGACUGUGAUCUUUUUGCUUGUCUGGCUUGUUGGCCAGGCAUUACAAUGGCGUUUUUGGAGUGGCGCCGCUUCAACUUCUUCGACCUCAACAAAGAUGUAGACUCCGGGAAGGUAGCGGAAGCAUUGAAGGAGUCCACGGUGACGGCCGCCACGAGUGGCCACGGCCACCUGGUGUUCGGCGACUCUGAGGGCAACGUCCACUUGGUGGGGCGCGCGUUCGAGGUGACCACGUUCCGGGCGUACGAGCUGCGCGUCGUCCUGGCGAAGCAGCUGCGUCACUCGGCGCUCCUCGUCACCGUCGGGGAGGACGAGCCGGGCAUCAACCCGGUCAUCAAGGUGUGGAGCCUGGUGCGCGCAGACAAGCACGGCCACCCGCUGUGCCUGCGCAUCUCGCGCACCAGCCCCGGCAACAAGCCCAGCCCCGCCACGGCGCUGUGCGUGCACGACGGCAGCUGCCUCAUGGCCGUGGGCUUCCAGGACGGCUCCGUGCUGCUGUACCGCGGGGACGUGUCCCGGGAGCGCAGCUCGAAGCACAAGCUGCUCAAGGACAGCAGCGUGGCGGUGACGGGCCUCACCUUCAAGACGACCGCCAAGUACACGUUCCUCUUCGUCGCCACCACCAGCAGCGUGCUGCUCUACAACGUCACCGUCAAGGACAAGGAGCAGAAGGUCCACCUGGACGGCCUGGGGUGCGAGCAGCGCUGCAGUGUCUUGGCAGAGACUGUACAAGACAGCCACUUCAUGAUCGGCAGGAAUGAUGCGGUGUACUGCUACACGGCGGACGGCCGGGGGCCGUGCUACGCCGUCGAGGGGCAGAAGAUCCUGCUGCAGUGGUUCCGCAGCUACCUCGUCAUCGUGGCCAAGGAGGAGAGGGGCCACAGCCGCGUCACCUCCACCCGCACCGCAGCCGCGCCCAGCGAGCCGGGCGGCCAGGAGAAGCACAUGGUGACGGUGCUGGACAUCCAGAACAAGUUCCUGGUGUUCUCGGCGCCCAUGAAGGAGGUGCGCGCCGUGCUGGUGGAGUGGGGGUGCCUGUACGUGCUGGGCGCGGACCACCGCCUGUGCCAGCUGCAGGAGAAGGACCUGCAGUCCAAGCUGGCGCUGCUCUUCAAGAAGAACCUCUACGACGUGUCCAUCCGGAUUGCAAAGAGCCAGCAGUAUGACUCUGACGGGUUGGUAGACAUGUUCCGGCAGUAUGGGGACCACCUGUACACCAAGGGGGACCACUCUGCAGCCGUCGAGCAGUACAUCAAGACAAUUGGUCGGCUGGAGCCAUCGUACGUCAUCAGGAAGUACCUGGACUCGCAGCACAUAGACCAGCUGACCACGUACCUGCAGGCGCUCCACAAGCAAGGCCAGGCCACGGAGGACCACACCACGCUGCUGCUCAACUGCUACACCAAGCAGGGCAAGCUGCACAAGCUCAAGGAGUUCAUCAUGACGCGGGACCGGGAGGUGGACUUCGACGUGGAGAUAGCCAUCAAGGUGUGCCGGCAGGCGUCGAGCGAGGACGCGCUCCUGCUGGCCGAGAAGCACGGCCUGCACGACUGGUACCUCAAGAUACAGGUCGAGGACCGGGGCAACUACCGCCAGGCGCUGGACUACAUCGCCCGCCUCGACUUCCAGGAGGCUGAAGCCAACAUGAAGCGCUACGGCAACCUGCUGAUCGAGAAGGUCCCCGAGGAGGCCACCCAGUUCCUCAAGAAGCUGUGCACCGACUACCGCCCCUCCAACAAGCCCUUGGUGGACGUGGGCAUGCUGGAUGGCUCGCUGGCUCCCAGCACGGAGAGGGCCAGUCCCGAGGACUUCAUACACCUGUUCCUCAACAACUCGGAGUGCCUGGUGGAGUUCCUGGAGCACCUGGUCAAGGUGCAGCCGCGCUGGAGCACGCUGGUGUACAACAGCCUGGUGGAGCACUACCUGCACGUGUGGGCGUCGCUGGGGGACCCGGCCGGCCGCGCCCAGUGCGAGCUCAAGGUCAUGCGCCUGCUGCAGGACCCGGACGCCAACUACGACAAGGACCAGACGCUGGUCGUGUGCCAGACGCACGCCUUCCGCAGCGGCGUGCUCUACCUCUACGAGGAGAACAAGCUGUACCAGCAGAUAGUGCAGUACCACGCGCGGCAGCGGGACUUCCGCGCGGUGGUGGCGGCGUGCCGCAGGUUCGGCCACCAGGACCCCAACCUGUGGGUGCAGGCGCUGUGGAGCGUCGCGAAGGAGCCCGACCCGCCCGGGGACCACCUGGCCGAGAUCCUGGACGUGAUAGAGAAGCAGCGCCUGCUGUCGCCCCUGCUGGUGGUGGACGCGCUCUGCAGCGCCGGCACGGCCUCGGUGGGCCAGGUGCGCCGCUACCUCGCCAGCGUGCUGGCCUCGGAGAGCCGGCUGGCCGAGCAGGAGGCCGCCCUCAGCGCCAAGUACCGCCACGAGACGGAGCACAUCCGCGCCAAGAUACGCGACAUGCAGACCAGUGCCGUCAUCUUCCAGGGGUCUCGCUGCAGCGCCUGCAACCACCAGUUGGAGCUGCCCUCCGUCCACUUCCUGUGCCAGCACUCGUACCACCAGCAUUGUUUCCAGAGCUACGCUGAGAAGGAGAACGAGUGCCCCGCCUGCAUGUCCGAGAACAAGAAGAUCCUGGACAUCAUCCGCUCUCAGGAGCAGAGCCGCGACCUGCACGAGACCUUCCACAGCCAGCUGGAGCGGGCGGAGGACGGCUUCUCGCUGGUCGCCGACUACUUUGGGCGGGGCGUGUUCAACAAGCUGACCGUGGUCACCGACUCCCUGCGAUCGCCGUCGCUGCCGUCGCUGAAGCAGCCUGCUCCCGGGGGCAGCGUCACGCCGGUGUCUGCUCACGGGGCGGGGGCGGAGGCCAGACUGCGGCUGGGCGAGGGGAAGUCCUCCCGCACCGGCAGUGGAGCGGGCGCGAUCCUGCCGGCGCCCGAGGGCCGUGUGCGACUGGGGGAGGCCAACCUGUACAGCGCGUCUCUGGAGGCGAACCUGACGCGGGGCGCCGCCCCGGAGCCCGCCCGGCAGAGCCCCGCCCGCCAGCCGGCCCCGGCGCCGGCGCCCAACCCCUUCGAGGGGGAGGGGGAGGACUACGACGAGAGCAAGAACCCCUUCGCGGAGGACGAGGCGUCCGGCUCGGCCGGCGAGGAGCGCGACGACUACGACAGCAACUUGAACCCCUUCGCGUAGCUCGGCCCUGCCCUCUCGUGCUCUGCCGUGUUCCACGUGUCGCGUUUGUCAAGUUUUCUUUGAAAUGCAAAAAAAAAAUAAUUAUAUUCGCCAAAAAAAUAACUAUUUUGCAUGUUUCUGUGUAGUUGUUUGUAUGUGUGUGUAUAUAUAGUGGAUUUUUUUCUUUGAAUAUAUAAAUUUUCACAAAAAACACAUUAAAAGUGUAUGUUCAUGUGUACUAUAUAUUUAUGUAUGUAUCAUGUAUGUUAAAGGAUAAUUUGUGCAUUGUAGAUAAAGAUUUUGUUAAUCUAUAUUCAGAUGAAUUGUUCCCUACAUUAUUUUUCAACUUAUGUAUCAUAUGACAUGUUGUGGAGAAAUAUCUACACAGAAAAAUUAUAAAUGUUGAUUUUUUUAUUUAACUACAACCAUACGAUAUAAAUAUUUUACUCGUAAGGCAUUAUGUCUUUGCAAAAUGAUAAUUUUUGGUAGUGUAAUGUAUUGCUCUAUUAGUUUUGUUAUGUUAAGAAUUUAUUAGCUUGGAAAAAAAGAUGAUGGCCUGAAAGAUUUUUGUUUUGAUCAGAUGGUUUUGCUUGAAGAUUUGACAUAAGCGGAAGUGUUUUGUUUGAAUGAGCUUCACUACUACAAUAUAUCCAAAUGAAUUUGUAUGUGAAUUUUAAAAGCUAAAGAUAAUGUGAUUCAUUACACUUCCUAUAGGUUUGGGAAGAGAGUAGUUACUAUUUAUGCUGGUUCAUGUAUCCAUCCAGUCUUAUUUAAUACUGUGCCCUUAUGUAAUAUGCAUUGUUCACAUCAGACAGUUGGUGCUGCAAGAUAGUAAACUAUCAUGGGUAUUUCAGACAGAAACAAGAAGAAAAUAUCCAUUUGCCAAACACUAAGAUGAAAGUUGUGAAAUUUGUACAUUCCUGACAUUGUUGAAACCCAGUUAUACACAGACUUAAGAAAAAUUUAACAUACAUAAAAACCUUCAAAAGUUUUUGACAGGUGUACCGAUGAAUACUUCUUUUGUCAGUGUUGUAAACAGUCACCCGUUUACAGGUUGAUUUCAUUAUCUCAUGUUUAUUGUAAAUUAAUUAUUAUAUUUAAAUAUGUAUUUGUAUUAUAAGUUGUACCAGAAAUCACACUAAUAGGGAUAGCCAAAGCCAGCCAGUAUGUUUAGUCUUUGGGAAUUGCAGAAGUUUAAUAAUU